CGGCCCGGCCGGGCGGGUUUUUCGCCCUGGCAGCACCAUGGUAGGCAGCGGGGCAGCGGGCUCCGGCCGCCGGGACGCUGCCGCGCCGCCGGUCUGCGGCGGGCUGUGAGGGGACCUCCCUCCGCCCCGCGGGGGGUACCGCGGCCGCCCGGCCCGGCAGCGCCGCCACCGCCGCUUCCCGCCUAUGUUCUUCCCGCCUCCCGCCCGCCAUGGCCGCCCGCGGAGCCGAGCGGUGCGGCGCGGAGCGGCGCGGUAGUGCCGGGGUCUCGCCGCUGCCUGCCAGCGCCCCGUGAGGGGGGACAAGCGGGGCGGUGUGUCCCUGCGCUCAGUCCUGCCCCCCCCCUCCUCCCCGGAGCGGAGAUGUGCGAGACCCGUGCGAGGGGAGUCGCCUCCUAGACCGGCAGCCAAGAUGGUGCACCUGCAGCCCCUGCCCCUCGUCGUGGUCCAGGGCGUUCUCCAGCUCGUAUUUUGUGACGCUAAUCAAGUUGUACAAGCCACAGACGUGCUGGACUGGGAAGACAAGGAUGCUGCAGAGACAUUGGUCGACAACGUGGUCCACUCCAGGAUCAUCAAUCCUUUACGCCUGUUCGUUAAGCCAUCUCCAGUACUGAAACAUGGCCAGGUGUCCUACUCAGACAGCAUAGAAAACUUUUGGGAUUGGUUGUCCAACAUCACGGAGGUUCAGGAAUCUCUCGCACGAACUAAACGCAGACCUAUAGUAAAAACUGGGAAAUUCAAGAAAAUGUUUGGAUGGGGCGAUUUCCACUCUAACAUCAAAACUGUUAAGCUGAACCUCCUGAUCACAGGGAAAAUCGUCGAUCACGGCAAUGGGACCUUCAGUGUUUACUUCCGACAUAACUCCACGGGUCUGGGAAACGUUUCUGUAAGCCUGGUGCCACCUUCCAAGGUGGUUGAGUUUGAAUCAUCUCCACAGUCAACACUGGAGACCAAGGAAUCCAAGUCCUUCAAUUGCCGAAUUGAGUAUGAAAAAACAGACCGCGCUAAAAAAACUGCCUUGUGCAAUUUCGACCCUUCAAAGAUCUGCUAUCAAGAGCAGACUCAAAGCCAUGUCUCCUGGUUGUGUUCCAAACCAUUUAAAGUUAUCUGCAUUUACAUUGCUUUUUACAGCGUAGAUUACAAACUGGUGCAAAAGGUCUGUCCUGAUUAUAAUUACCAUAGUGAGACUCCGUACUUGUCCUCUGGCUGAUACAAUUGUGAGUAACUAGAGAUACAGCAUCACUCAUAAAAAUAAGCAUUUCCAUUAACCUUCUGGAGAAGAUGAUGUUUUCCUAUCAGGUUAAAAAGUCUUUAAAAACUGUAGCUGUGUUUGUGCUGUAUCGUAAAUAAUCAAACUAUUUAUGUAACAAUCAUUUUCAUUUCAGACCAUUGCAUUUUAACUCUCUCAUCAUUAAUGAGGGAACUACCAGGCAGACACAUGACAAAAAAAAAAAAAGUAAAGAAAAUUAUGUCUGUACUGAACAUCAAUCUUGGAAAAACAGUUUUUUAAACUAGACUCAAUGGCAGAGAGCUUUUGUCUCUUACUUGAAUUGGACAGCACUUAGCAGGAUCCCAUUUCUCAUUGGGAACUUUAGAAGACGACAAUAUAAAGAACAAAUGAUGAAGUAGACUCCCAGCUGCUAAUAUACAAAAUCCAAAUAAACAGCUCUCCCGCUAAUCUCAUAAGGAAUGUUACACACACAGGGCUCAAGGAAUCAAGUCCAAAUACUAAGAGAAAGUGCUAUUUCUAGGAUUAAAAAAAAAAAAAAAGAGGAAAGGAAUCCACAUUUCUAUGAGUUGUAGUAGUUGUAUGUACUCAUUGAAGUGAAGAGUAGUUCUUCCUUCUGACUUCUUACCCGUGGAUAUGCAAUGAUGUAAUUAGACAUUGAUGAGCUUUAGUUUAUUAGACCCACCAGGUGUGCAGGUUUGGUGUACAUUUCUUCCUUCCGCGGUCACCAUUGGUUUUGAUUCUUCUCCAGUGUUUCCAUGCACACCAGUACAAGUUUUGCAGUGACAGAGAACAUACACACCUUGGAAAAAGAUAAUCUCUGUUUAAGUCUGAAAAUGGUAACGGGGGCUGGCUUCCACGUAAAGGAAGCCGUUAUCUUGCUCUCUAGACCCUUAGCACCGUAUCGCAGCAAGGAGAAUGUAUCACAGCAUGAGGAUGAUACAGGAAUAACGCAAGCUUUCUGCUUAAUGCCACCCAGUUGUCUUCCUUAGUAUUGCGUUGCGUCCUUCAAGUCAAAAUACAAGCAAUGACAAAUAAAGAGGACAACAAAAAUCUAUGCAUCUUCACCUCACAAGGCAGAUUUCAAAGAAAAAUACUCAGCCAGACCUUCCCCUAGUCCAGAACAGCAUCACUGCAUCGCUCACUUGUAAGAGGGGAGGGUCUGGCUGUGGUUUUGUGUCACUAGGACAGAGGUUGGUCCCAGGGCAGUCCGUCCCCGUUAGCUCCGGCCGAUGCACUUUUGUUGGGUGUUGAUUUUGCCGCCGCUGCUGAUUCGCUAUCAUAGUCCUUUGUGACAGCUCGAUGUCACAAGUCCCAUGGAAGAUGCUGGCUGAGGAAGUGCUUUUUAUUGCCUCGAAACUUACAUGCAGGGUCCAAGAAGUUGCAUUCAGCUUAAAUAAAGUACUAUAAAAAUACUCUGUGCAAGUGGCAUGCACCCAGACAAAUGACUGACAGCUCAGAAAGACUCACUCAUGAGAUUAAUUCUGAUUUCCUUGGUACAGUCUCAUACAAAAAAAUUAUUCUGUUAAAAAAAUACUACAAGUAACUGGCUAAUUUGUUCUUCUCUUUAGGUGACAAAUUUAAAUGUGUGGUUUAGUUUGAUCAAUAAUCUAAAUGUUUUCCUUCAUCUUAUUUCAUACAGAGUCUCUCCUGCUCUAAAUGAUGUUUUUUAGUUUGUCUAUGACUGUUGAUUCCUACAAGAUGGUCUACUUUGUAUUCUGUAUAGCGUGUCCUCGUUCUGGCUGUAUAUAAGCUUGGAUUUAUUGCUACGAGUUCAGUGGUUGGUGCUUUUGUAACUUAGCUGUAAGCCAUGAUUUUAUUGCCAUGUAUUUUUACUCAGCACUGUAGGCAAUUAAAAGAAAACCCUACAUGCUAUUUAUUGUAGAGUAUGUGGAAAUCAUGUAUGUAUAUACACUUAAAUAUGUGUACAUAUACGAAUAUAUGCGUACAUGUAUUUGUAUGUAAAUAAAGAGAGUUUGCUAAAUCUGG